AUGUCCCCUUCUCGGUCGCGAGGUCUGUCCUAUACCCCCGGUUACCACCUAGAAAAGUGUACUCCAACAAAUCUGACUGACGAGAAGAAAUCAACCACCAAGGAGACGGAGGAGGAGGAGGAGAAGGAGGAGGAAGAGGGGGAGGAGAUCCUCCAUAAAACAUUAAUCAUUUGCCCUCCUCUAACCGAGAUUUCCCAAUCCAGUGGUCUGGACCUCCAAUGGGAGAAUUGGAAGAGGUCUUGGGGCAUUCCUAUUGGCUGGGAGAGAUGUUUGUUGACAAAGGGAUCACUGGUUGGUGGGAGGCGAAAAAUGGUGAAACCGCAAAUCACUGAUCAUUUAUUCCCUUUGCCCCAUCGAAUGGAGUCCGCAGUCAAUGCCUCUAGUUUGCGCAGCCCCUGUGAUCUCACAUUGCCUGAAUUUGUAGUCUACUUCUACGUGCAGCCUACCAUCUGCUUGAUUGGCUUCGUGUUGAAUAUUAUCAAUUGCCAGGUCUUCAGGAAACCAGAUUUUGUGGGACCAGAGUACAAGAUGAUGAUUGCUUUGUCGGUUACUGAUGCUAUAACCCUCCUGUGCACAUUUCCUCUCGGCUUCCAAAGGUGGGUACCAACGAUUUACCGCCUCUGA